AUGGUACAUAUAGCCCUGCUUUUAUUGUGUCUGUCGUUUGAUCGACUGAACGGGGAUACUCUCCAUCUACAAUAUGGCAAACGACUCGGAAAUGCUUUGAUCGAUGUGGCUCAGACGGUCACUCUCAUUGAUUGCAUUGAAGAAUGUCUGUUCCGUAAAAGGUGUCUGUCAGUCAAUUACUGGAGUAGUGUAACGCUGUGUGAAAUGAAUAGUAAGACCGGACCUUUGGCUGCGCUCAUUGACGAGACCAGAACUGUUUUCACAGACAUUCGAAAUUGGGACAAGAGACUGGCAAGAAGCUGUGCGGGUCAUCAGUGUCCGAUUAAUAUGAAAUGUGUACCGAGACCUUUACAAAACUACACAUGUGAAUUGUCAGACUGCGGUCCCAUACCUCCAUUUAGAAAUGCCAUAGAAGUAUCGCCGAAGGGAAUGUUUCUCACUUUCGGAAUUGGGUCGUUGAGGACAUUCCAAUGCAACCCAUGGCCAUACCAGACGAAAUACACUCGCCAAAUGAUCUGUGGGUCAGAUGGACAUUGGUCUUCACGGUCAUCAUGUGAUGUUAUGACAUGUGCAACUGAGCUGACCUCGUUUGAAGCUUUGAUAGUGGAUGGUGAACCUGUGAAAGUGCCUGUCGUUUCCUCGGUGGGACACAAAUGGAUAAUUAUUCAAAGACGAUGCUUCAAUGACGUCAAUUUUUACAGAACUUGGUCAGAAUACAAAUCUGGAUUUGGUAAUUUUACCCAAAAAUCAGAUUUCUGGAUCGGAAAUGACGUCAUUCACAAACUUACAAAUGCUGGAUAUAGUUACAUGAGAGUAGAGAUGUUAAAAACUAACGAGGAACAAUUAGAAGCGGAAUAUGAAGAUUUUAGGGUGGGAGAUGAGGCCAUGCAUUACCAGCUUACCGUCAGUGGAUUUAACGGAAAGUAUGACUGCAUGACUACUAAGGAUAGGACUCAAUCCGAUUUAAAUGGACAUCCCUUUAGUACAAAAGACCGAGAAUCGUCCUGUGCACGAUCACUACAGUCUGGGUGGUGGCAUAAAGCGUGUACCUGUGGGAAUGUCAACGGGUUAUUUGGCUCCGAUACUUUCAAUGGGAUACGCUGGAGGUGUUCCGAGGGAUGGAUUUGUCCACUGAAAGCCACCCGCAUCCUCAUCCGAAAAAGAGACUAAUUAUAAUCUUCAAUGCUUGCAUUCAUU